AUGGCGGCCGCAGCGACGGAGGAGGACACUGAGCUGCGAGACCUGCUGGUGCAGACGCUGGAGAGCAGCGGCGUGCUCAACAAGAUUAAGGCGGAGUUGCGAGCGGCUGUUUUUUUGGCAUUAGAAGAACAAGAGAAAGUAGAGAACAAAACACCUCUGGUAAAUGAAAGCUUGAAAAGAUUUUUAGGUACAAAAGAUGGUCGCUUGGUAGCAGGUCUUGUUGCAGAAUUUCUACGGUUUUUCAAUCUUGAUUUUACAUUGGCUGUUUUUCAGCCUGAAUCAAGCACACUCAAUGGCCUUGAUGGUCGAGAGAACUUAGCUCGAGAUUUGGGAAUUGCAGAAGCAGAAGGUGCUGUGGGUGGUCCCCUGUUGUUGGAGGUUGUUAGAAAAUGUCAGCAGAAAAGGAUUUCAGGCAAUGGAGAAGUGGCUCCAGUUCUAAGUGAUAGCCCAUGCCUCACAUCAAAAUCAUCUGAUGGAAGAUCAAGUACACACCCUGUACCAAAUAAG